CGACAGUUGCUCUCGGACGAGCACUCGUUCAUCAAUCCCACCGGUCCACCUGAGUUUUACACGGACGGCCCUGUACUGCUUUUCCACUGUCACGAGAAGGGCUAAAAUUUCAGCCCGAGGAUGGCCGCGAUGUUGUCUAACUGUUCGCGCCUUGCGCCGCGUGCCCUAUCACGGUUUUCCGUCUCUCAGUCCAAGGCGGUGAGGUCCUUCCAUUACGAAGGACGAGUAUUAUUUAUUAGAACAAGAUGUAUUCUCGACCCAAAAACUCAUCUGCACACGAAAUCAAAUCCCAUUCAGGGCUGGAAAAUUCAACAAACGAGGACCUUCCGUUCGUCAAAUGCGCUAUGGGAAAUAAAGGAAAUAGUCGUCCCUCCUUUUGGAGCGGAAAGUGUAACCGAGGGAGAUGUAAGGUGGGAUAAAAAACCUGGCGAUCAGGUCAAGGAAGAUGAAGUCCUUUGUGAAAUUGAGACCGACAAGACCUCUGUCCCAGUAAGUGCUCCCGGAUCCGGAAUCCUGAAGGAACUCUUCGUCAAGGACGGAGACACCGUAAAACCGGGACAAAAACUGUGUACGGUAGACAUUGGGGCAACAGGGGGAGCAUCGCCAGCAGCUGCUGAAAAAAUUCCACCACCACCUGCUGCUGCGCCCCCAAAACCCGCGGCUGCUCCACCACCUCCACCACCUCCUCCACCUCCACCUUCUUCGGGAGCUGCGAUUCCUCCGCCUCCACCUGCUGCUCGUCCUCCACCCCCACAGGCACCUGCGGCAUCGAUGCCAGUCGCUGCUAUCAAACACGCACAGUCUCUGGAAGGAGCGAGAGUUCAGCUACCCCCAACAGAUUACACUCGUGAGAUAAUCGGCACGAGAACAGAACAGCGCGUAAAAAUGAACAGGAUGCGUAUUCGUAUCGCCGAAAGACUGAAGGAUGCCCAAAAUACGAACGCGAUGCUCACGACUUUCAACGAAAUUGACAUGAGUCGCAUAAUGGAGUUUCGGAAAGCAAACCAGGAGGCUUUCAUGAAGAAAUACGGCCUGAAGAUGGGCUUUAUGAGUGCUUUUAUAGCAGCGAGUGCAUACGCUCUGAAGGACCAGCCGGUGGUUAACGCCGUGAUCGACGGUGGAGAAAUCGUCUACAGGGACUACGUCGACGUCAGUGUCGCCGUUGCCACCCCCAAGGGCCUUGUUGUCCCCGUUCUUCGCAGCGUGGAAAACAAGAAUUUCGCUGAAAUUGAAAUUGCCCUCGCAGCAAUUGGUGACAAGGCCCGGAAAGGGAAAAUCUCCGUCGAGGACAUGGACGGAGGUACCUUCACAAUAAGCAAUGGUGGAGUCUUUGGAUCCCUCAUGGGAACUCCCAUAAUUAAUCCGCCGCAGAGCGCUAUUCUAGGAAUGCACGGAGUCUUCGAGCGACCAGUGGCUGUGAAAGGACAGGUCGUCAUCCGACCGAUGAUGUACAUCGCCCUGACUUACGACCACCGUCUGAUCGAUGGCCGUGAGGCGGUGAUGUUCCUCCGCAAAAUCAAGGAUGGCGUUGAAGAUCCUCGAGUUAUCAUAGCUGGUCUCUAGGCCUCGAGACGAAAAUCACCGAAUUGCUUCAGAAUUACGCCUCACAUCCCUUCAAGGCAUCUGUACAGUAUAUCAGGUCGCAAACUCGAUUCGCAGGAUCGCUGUGAUUCCAGUAUGAGAAAACUGCUCGGCUUGUCUUGUUCCUCUAAAAUCGAAAAUUCCCCACCCCCUCACCCAUCCUAUUUAAUAAGGACACUCGGAUUCUUCGGGAAUUUGAGAUUUUAUUGAGAGGAAAUCUUCGGCAACGAAGUACUGUAAAUAAUAUAAGAAAUUUAUAAUCUGUGAUCGAGUUGGCGCGAUCGAGGGGUUGCGAGGCGAAGUGGCGUCACUCGGAAAAAAGAUUUAGAAUCAAAGAAUUGUCGACUUUUUUUGGAUUUCUUUUGAUUCCAGGGAUCUUUUCUGGGUGUUGCUGGUUGGCUCAUCAAGAUUUGGAUCCUUGGUUGAUUGUCCUCGAGGAAAAUUGUGUGUGUGUUUUUUUUUAUGGAGAUACAUUGAAACUACAUAACAGAUUUAUCGGUCACUGCUAAACUAUACUCAUUUCAUUGUCAGUAAGAGAUUUCAUUAGUGCUUCAAGGGCUGCGAAUUAGCCAUAUCGUUGAAAAAAAAAACCAUUAAAGUGUUGUCACUUUUAUCGCAAUAGUUUGUAAUUAAUUUUUAUCAUGACGAGGCAUCACUGAAAAACGAAUAUUGCCGAUCGAAGCCAGAAGCAGAUACUCUUCUUCGCAUAUAGAUGUAUCGAAAAGUAAUAAACACGCCGAUCAAAGUGA